AUGAUUUUGCAUUUCCAGGGGAGAGACCUGCGUGUAAACAACACAGGUCUCUCUCCUGCCAGUAGUAACAUGCUGCUGUGUAUUUCUCUGCACAGCAGAGAAAUACACACAGCAGAGAAAUACACAGCAGCAUGUUUCCCUAGUAAAAACACACACAGCACACACAGUAAAACAGCACACAGUUAACCCUUUGAUCGCCCCAGAUGUUAACCCCUUCCAGUGUCAUUAGUACAGUGUCAGUUCUUUUUAUUAGCACUGAUCACUGUAUGCGUGCCAUUGGGAUGUCAGUGGACGUUUGUCAGUUCCCACCCAGUGUCAGAAUGCCUGCCGCAGUCCCGCUAUAA